CAAACAUUUAAACAACUUAAAGUUUAGGGUUCUGUUGAACAGGGUUAGAUAUUAAGAAUGAUAAACCUGUUUACAAUUCAUUAUUUGUUCAUCCUUUUAUGAAAGUCACAUCAGACGCAGUUGUAGCAGAUAUGGAUAACUGUAGAGCUGAUUUCCGGCCAGGUGUAGUUACGUUAAAGGCUAUGUCGAAUCAACUGAAAGCUCUUCAUUUCUUCAAAGAUGAUAGUUGCAGUUACCAAGCUGAUGAAGUUAUCAGUCUUUAUGGAACAAAAAAUCUUGGAGUUGUCUAGUUGGAAACAUCACGGCACUCUGGAUCUGGAUUUAUUAACAGAUCAAAGUAAAGCUUUAAUUACCACAAAGGUCUAUUCGUAAGCCUUGCAAUGUUGAAGAACUUCGCAGACGAAUUUUCUUUAAGGGAGCUUCGAACUUUCUCCAAAAUAAAAGUAUUUUUUAUACAUGCCAUAGGUAAGAAGCAAUUACUU